GGUCGAUCCGGUUGAUCAUAAUUAAUUCAGGUGUUCUACCGCGCACAUUUUGCUCAACUCACUCGGUGUGAAACGACCAACAAACAGAUCCAAUCAUGAAGUGCAUGGUAGCUGCAGUCAUCUUGGCUCUGGCCGUUGUCUCGGACGCCCUUCCGUACGCCGGAUGGCCCUGGGGAGCUCCCACUGUGGUCCAGGCUAACGUUCUUUCUCACCCAUAUGGAGCUCUGUCACAUGCCGCUGUCCAUGCUGCCUACCCAGCAGCGGUUGUUCAUGCUGCUCCAGUUGUUCACGCUGCUGCCCCCAUUUGGCCAGCUGUUCCAGUUCACGCCCCGGUCCAUGGGCCAGUUGCCUCGGUUGCCCACCAUGCCGGAGUUGUCCCGGGAGCCGUAUCCGUAACAGCUAACCGUGGAUCGGUUCAUGUUGCUCCCCUGCCAGGACAUGCCGUCUCCCAGCAGCAGCUCAACCUGGCCCCAGCCCCAGGAACCAUCUAAGCUAUCCGCCUAGAAGAACUCAGGACUACCCCCACCCAUCGUUCAAGGGCCCCUCCCCCUACAUCUGUCGUUCUAUCGCACACACCGCCUAACGUUGAGCAAAAACAAAAGUGCACUCUAUCGCAAAGCCAUAUUUUUUUG